AUGAUGGGCAAUCGAACCACAGUGAGCACCUUCCUUCUGUGGGGAUUUUCCAGUUUCCCAGACCUGCAGGGUCUCCUCUUCGGUCUCCUCUUCGUGAUGAUUUUCUUCUGCCAUGUGACUAUCCUAGCUGCAAAUGUGUCCGUAAUGGUGGCCAUCAAGCUCAGUCACAACCUUCACACCCCCAUGUACUUCUUCCUCUGUGGCCUGUCGUUUUCAGAAACCUGUGCCACUAUGGUAAUCAUCCCCCGCAUGCUAGUGGACCUGCUAUCGGACAGUAAGACCAUUUCUCUUCCUGAGUGUGCCACACAGAUGUUCUUUUUCUUCGGCUUGGCAGGCAAUAACUGCUUCAUCAUGGCCGCCAUGUCCUAUGACCGUUACACUGCCAUUCACAACCCGCUGCGCUAUGCCAUCCUGAUGACCCACAGGAUCUGCUUUCAGCUCCUGAUGGCCUCUUCUGUCACUGGGACCGUGAUGUCGUUGUGCAUUGUCCUCAUAGUAUUCAACUUGUCUUUUUGUGACUCCAGCACCAUCCAGCACUUUUUUUGCGACAUCGCACCUGUAGUCUCCCUUGCCUGUGAUUACACUUUGUUUCAGAAAAUGAUCCUUCUUGUAUGCAUUGUCUUUGUGUUGGUGGGCAGCUUUGUUUUAAUUAUGAUCUCCUAUGUCUUCAUUGUGUCCAUAGUUGUGAAGAUGCCCUCUGCAAAGGGGAGGUAUAAGGCCUUUUAUACUUGCUCCUCUCACCUCACCGUAGUGUGCCUACACUAUGGAUUUGCUGGCUUUGUCUAUCUGAGACCCAAGGACAGUGAUUCAUUUCGUGAUGAUAUGCUGAUGGCUGUGACAUACACAGUGCUGACUCCUCUGCUUAAUCCCAUAGUUUACAGCCUAAGAAACAAAGAAAUGCAAAUAGCUCUAGGAAAAGUACUGGACAAUGUCUAUAGGUUUUUCUCACAGAUGGAAUUUGACUACUCCCAAGCUGAACAUGGGCUGGUGAGAUAUCAAAACACCAAGUGGAAAUCAGCCUAUGGGAGGCUGGAGGUCUUAGCAGAGACUUGGGCGUUUUGCAGUGCUAGUUUGAUAGAGUUUGUUAAAUAG